AUGACGGUGAAUACAGCAAGGUUUACAUAUGAAUUGAUCUUCAAUGCACUGCCGAUAAAAUCAGGUACCGGAGGAUACGUUGAAGUGGAAAAUGAACCAUCGUUCGCAAGCUGCCGGCUGAUACUUUUCAAUCUGGCCACUACAUACGGCAUCGACGCAGUGCUGGAAGAGAGUAUGCGGCUCAUAGAGAUCAUCACAAAACAACAGAAAACAAGCAGUUUAUCGGAAAAGGCGCUGUGCUCUCUGAUAGUUUUGCUACGGCUUUUAAGCGACACCGCCGAGCUGUGCUGGAAGCACGAAGACCCGCAGCGGUCGCCCGAAACACAAGACUUCCCGGACGAAGAAGAAACAAUGUCAAAAACUGACGUGGGCUUUGCAACGCAGAAAUCGUGUUUUCAUACCACACGUCCGAAGGCCCUGGAUUCUGCAAUUGCCCUGCGGCUGGUCAAAGUUCGAAGCCGGCUGAAGUAUAACUCCACCACCAUGCGCGCCUUGCGUAAAAUAUCGUCUUCGUCACACUACCUUAGUCAAUCCAACCCGCCUGCUUCUAGCAGCAAAUCCGACGCGGCUGGUUUUGAAGACCAAGAGAUUUCACCACUUUUCAGAAUCAUCGAUACCAACCUGGAUUAUUUAGGUCGGUUUGUCGCAGCAGCAAAUCCUACUGAGUUUUCAGAUUUUAUGGACGCCUCCAUCAUCACACCUCUGGCAAGUACACGCAGUAGUGAGAACGAUGUUGUGCCUUUUUUGGAUAUGUUCUCCACCUUUUAUGUCACAAUCACGAGCCUCCCAACUUUUCUCCAAAAUGUAUCUAAAGUGCUAGAGAGUUUGAAAAAAAGCUCCCAUCAAGAAUUGGUGCUGAUGUACACAUCCCAGGCCAUCAUGACUUGGAUUCUUUCACGGCCCUCCGAGUAUGUUGAAGUGAUCAACGAAAUUACGAAUUCUUCCAAAGAUGCACCCGCCCACGCGACAUGCAAAAUUUCAUCAACUCUCUUUGAUGAUAUCUACUCUAGCUUCAAUGUCCCAUAUGUGCUUACAACAACGGCCUCGUCUAAUGCCGCGAUUUCAGAGUUCAAGAGCUCUCCUCCCUCGUCCGAUGCCUCAUCUCCAAUAAGCUCUUCGGGAAGUGCUUCGUAUUUUCAAACUGACACAUCAGAUCUAAGACGAUCGUACACAUACUCAAAAUCUGAUCUGGAUUCGCAAAUGCAGUCAUUAGGCUGGGAUUUUCUAACAUCCUCAGUCCUGUCAGGGUCCCUUUUUCAGGUGGAAGAUGUAGCCAAUCUGUCCAUUUUGAGAUUUUCAGUGGUUAUGCUCCUGUUUCAACCCAAUGCUUUUGAAGAGAUGAACUCAAUGAGUUUCAAACAUAUUCCUGAUGAAGGCGGCUCAAGUCCAGACGAUACUCCAAAAGUCAGCCCUGACGAAGACAAGAAAAAAUCCCAGAACCAGCUCGCCAAGCUCAAACCGUCAACCCAUAAGAAACUACAAAGUUUCAAGUUUCCUUCCCUCACUCCAACAAGCAAAAAAGUCAAGUUUUUGACGACGCUUGUAAAAAAUAUCAAUGGCUCACAAAUAGUAUCCGAUACCUCACUGCUUGAUACAUUGAGGACCCUGGUUUUGAUGUUUAGAGCAUGCUCUUCAAUCAAGUUUGCCGAUGAAGAAUCUCCUGCUGUAAUGUUUUGCAAGAGGUUGCUUUUUGUUGUGGGUGAUGCUUUACAAUUAUGCGAUCCCUCUCAGGCAAAAAAAAAUCCGGUUAUCGCAAGAUGCUUAUCUCGCAAUCCUACCUCUCAUACGAAGCUUCAAAUCGCUUUCUUUGCUCCUGCUCUAAUACUUGAUCCUGAUACUUUCAUUUCUCACUUGAGUCACUUUACUCAAAACAAGCAUAUAGGAUACAAGCAUCUGAGGACUUUGACCGGAGGGUUCAAAAUAUUUUUCGGCAUUCCAAAUGUUACGAGAUCCAAUUUCGAAACCGUACUCAAGUCAAUUGACUUUUUAAGAGUUACGUUAGCCGAAAUGUCAGACGUGGUACUUUCGGCGCUGGAUCACUUUUCAGAUGGCUUCUAUUCAAUAGUAGAGGGCAUUUUAAGGGGUACCUUGAAAGACGGAACAGAUUUUUCGAAGAUCGGUCGAUGUUUCUCGCCACCGUUCCCCCUCAAAUCCACUCCAACAUUAUCCCCCCAACAAACGAAUAGCAAGACAGAAAUUUCUAGGACAGGAUCUUCUUCCUCUGUGUCGUCUGGUGCGAGUUCUUACAAUGAAAAAAGCACAAACGAAAGGCCAGCAAUACUUGCGCCCCGGGCCAGAAGAGUUUCAGGAUCGUCUCUCACAGCAGCUGGGAGGACGAACUCAAAAUUCACACAUCCGUUAGAGGUCGAUAAAUUUUCUCAUGGGACGAGGUCACAAUUCGAGAGUGUCAAUAGGAACAUGACCUCCCCUCUUAGAUUUUCUCGCUCAAAGGAGUUGUCAGAGCACAAUUUACCUUCGCUGCUCACGCAGCCCAGCGAUCAAAGGCUCAGUAAUGAUGGCUCCAUAUUGAUUUCUCAGAAUUUGACGAUCGCGGACCUUGCUGAUGCAAGAGCAGCAAUGAUCAAUAUAAUGUCAGUUUACAAAAGAACGGUGUGCGAUUACUUUUUGACCGUCUCUGAUCAAGGUUCAACAAGAGUCAUCGAUGAUUACAACACAUUAAUAAAACCACUUUUUGUUGGAUUGAUUGACGAGCACCCUGUCAUGCAGGCCACAGCUCGUUCCCUUUCCUCAUUUAUCUCUGCUUGGGUCAUGAAAUUGGGAGAUACCGAGGAAGCGAACGAAAUUCGCAUAGUAAUGUACAAGGGAUCUGCAUAUUUUGUGACACUUAUCUCCGCAGCUCUUUUUAACUUGGACUUAGAGGAUACCAGACGGGAACAGCUGCUGGAUGUCACUUUGAAAUUCAUGAAUCUUCGCCUUGAACUCACGACUAAAAUAGAUGCCACCACCUUGAAGGAUUUACAGAAAGAUACUCAUCAUUUGCUCCAUGGUUCUAUUGGCAGGGCUCUUCUAACUUCACUUAUUUCUCACGAACCAAAAAUCCACAAGCUUCUGAGAGCUUGCUUUAGAGGUCUCUUGAAAGAGCUGGACUCUCACGAUAAGAUCUUGGGCAGCUCAGGGGAAAGUGGAAAGCUCAAUACGCGUUUUUUCAGCUCAAUGUGCAAGGACAAUUAUGUUUCCACUGGAGCGGUAGCAUUUCAGCGGCGAAUGAGAAGCGAUAUUUUGAAAUUUGUCGAAUAUCCUGAUCGAAUGUUGUUCGACACAUUGAAAUUGAUGUACAGCCAAUGGCUGAAUUUCACGCGCAAGACCAAACACUCUCUCACAGAAGCAAAUCAAUUCAGAAAUAUUGCAGGGUUUGUUGCGUCAUCUUGUGGUGCCUUCCUCACCAUCGAUCAGAAAACUGUGACGGAAAAUCAUGUACACCCUGGUAUGCAAGCUGAAGUCAUCGAAAUGGUCGAUUAUUUCAUCUCGAUGCAGUGUUCCUGGUUAAAUGACCCGGACUUGAUGACGCGCGAAAAUUCGAAAGACAUAAUCAGCACUGAGCUGCAUCCUUUGGCCUUCAGAUGCCUCUUACAACACCUAAAAAAGAGAACGAAUGAGCUAGAGACCUUGGAUCUCGCUCAAGCGCAAAACGAACCUUCAGUUUUACUUCUAGAGCAGAUUGUUCUCAUUGUGCGAACUAUCUUGGAACGCGACGACGCCAAAGAAGAGCUCAUACUCAUUUCUGUUCAGGUUUUAACACUUUCUGACCAACUCUUCAAGAUAGUCGAAAAUGUCAGUCACGACUCGACUAGGUAUUAUAAGGCAAUUAUUCACUUGUCCAAGAUGCUCAAGUCAUAUGAAACCACGGAGCAAAAUCUUUGUGUUUCGGGAUACCUGGUGGUCAAAAAUCGAUGGCUGCGGUCUACUAUCGCAUUGUUUAAGUCCGCCAUCUUUAAGGAGCUGGACCUUGAGAAUUUGAGCAAACCUCACAGGGAAAUGAGUUUGAAGCGUAGGGAUCUCGAUUACCUCUAUAUCGACACUUCAAUUGAGUCGUCAAGAGCGCUUGCUUAUAUUACCAAGGACUUGAUGCUUGAAGUCCCUUUGUCAAUAUCUGAAGGUGAACUUAAACGAUCGAAAGCAGUAACAUUUGGUAACUACUUCAGUAUUUUGCUAAAGGGAUUGGAGAAAACUUCAACGGUUGAUGUGUACCCGUCAACGCUGCGCCAUAAGAUCGGAGUUUUGAAUGAUAACAUCAUCACUUCUUUAACAAACCUUCUAAAUGCAAACGUGGAUGUGGGCCUGAAAUACGCACUUCCCAUCGGGUAUUCAAAGAAUCAGAGGAUAAAAGUGGCUUUUCUCAAUGUUUUUGUGAAGAUUAUAUCAAAUUUUGAUCCUCAAACUUCAAAUCUUGCGGAAGCGAAAAAUGAACUGGUGGAAGAAUACGUUACGGAAUCGUUAUCUUGUCCUCAAUUGAUUCCAUUUGCUGCCAGAGUAUGUCCUGCUAAUGACAUAGACUCCUUGGCAAGCAGCAUGCUAUCCAUAUAUGAGGUGAAGAAUGCCUCGCAUAUCAUAGUGGUAGAAUUGAUAAAGGACGAGAUACAGAAUGCUUCUCGUUAUGCGGACGUGUUGCGCAGAAACAGCUGUGCAACAAGAACGCUCUCUAUGUUCUCGAGACUCAAGGGAACAUCAUACCUCAGGCAGACACUCAAGCCCAUCAUAAAUAAAAUCAUUGCAAACUGCGAGGAUUUUGAAAUUGAGAAAAUCACACCUGAAAACCCCAGUGCAGAGAAAAACGUUGCUUUGUUCAUCAAGUACCUUGGUAUGCUAAUUGACUCCAUUGUCGAUUCAGUGCCGUCAUUUCCACCACAGUUCUUUUUAAUCUGCCAGUCUAUUUACUCGAGCGUCAGGGAAAAGUUUCCAGGCUACGAAACUGCAGCAGUAGGGUCUUUUGUGUUUUUGAGGUUCUUUUGCCCAGCAUUGGUCAGUCCUGACUCUGAAAACCUUAUUGAUACCGUCACCUCCAAGCAAAAAAGAGCGUUCGUUACACUGGCGAAGGUUAUUCAAAACAUUGCCAAUGGCUCCAUCAGUUCCAUGAAAUGGCCUCUUCUCAAUUCGAGAUCAGAUUUUCUCAAAAGUUGUUCGGAACGAGUUUCGGUUUAUCUGACUGAACUAGCACGACCCAACCGUGUGGUAUCUACUCAACUUCGAAUGGAAGAAAAAGUCACACUUAAUGAAUUCAACUAUCUCCACCGGUAUAUUUACCAGCAUGGACUUGAUAUAAGAAGUGGAAUAAUAAGCGGUGUAAAAUCUCUUAAUGAUUUCGAGACCUUGAAAGGUUCUGCGAGGCUCACUGAUCGGCUUUUAUGGACUCUAGGACAACCUCGAAUGGAGUUCAGGAACGAAAUACCACCUUGGAUAAGGAACAAUAUGGAUGAACAGCCUGAGCUUUACGACUUCAUGUCGCGGCAUUCUCUAAGAACAUUCAACUUUAAGGACGACUACCCAUUUAUACAUGAAGCGGUGUCGUCUGACGGCCUACCCAUGAUUGUUGUUACAUUCGAAUUGCUCCAGAGGCAAAGUUGUGAUAUCGAAGCUGUGAUCUAUCGCACUUUCCAGGUUUAUGCGAAAAUCUGGAGUUCAAAGCAUUAUUUUGUUGUUGACUGUACUGGCUACAAUAAUGAUGCUGCUGUUGGGAAAAAACUCACAACGUCUUUCCUCAACCUAAUACCCAGUGAAGCAGCGAAAAACUGUGCCAAAUUCUUUUACCUGAAUAUGACGGAGGAGUUUCUGGAUUGGUGGCUUCCGUUGUUUAAAGGUCAUAAUCCUUUCCUUCAACCGCACCAGACCCAACACCAAUUUAUUAACAGCGACUCAAAUUCAAGUCUCAUCAAAAGCCUCAUGUUAAGCUCAUUCUCGAACGACGUCUUUUCGGAUGUUAGGGUGACCUUACGAGAUGUUUCUCUUUACGAUGCUCACAGAGGCCGCUUUACCCCGGUAACCAUGAAAAUUGGAAACAGGUACAUCCAGAUGAUCUGCGAAACACCCUAUCGUUUCAAAGUUGCUGGAAUUGAUGACGUCGUUGAGAUCAACUUCAACAGUGUUUAUGAGGUGGCCGCGGUGUCGUCAACAAUAGUCUCCUUCGAAACAGGGGUACCUUCGGAGUUUACUAUAAACUUCGAUGAUGGGACAAAAUUGGUUCUUUGCAGCUCAAAGUAUCUUGAGAUAAUCAAGAUUUUUUACUAUGCUCAAGCAAGGAUUGAAGAAGAGUAUGAUGGCGGUGAUUUAGAAAGUCAAAAACAAAAUGAGGCUAUUCAUAAUGAUGAAAAGGAGCACAAUGAAAUUUUAGGCAGCCUUUUACUCGUCAUUUAUGCUGGUUUUUGUAGCGACGACGAGGAGGUGAAAGACAUUUCUUACAAUGUCUUGGCAGCAACUCAGGAAGCCUUUAGUCUAGAUUUCGGGUUCAAGCUUCGCAUAUCUCCAGAGACGCAUGUUCCCCACGAUACUUCAGCGUUCUGUGAGUCCUUGUUCCAAGGCUUAUCAAAAAGUGCCCCAGAGUUAUCGUUGGUAGUAUGGAGGCUACUUCUUGAGGGCCUGUCGAAUGUAUUUGAUGUCGUACACGCACCUCAAGUGGUUAGCGCCCUAUCUCCAUGGGCUGCAAACCUGUACAAAUACGUGUAUCUCGCUGAUGAUGAAAAUGGUCCCGAGAAUGUUUCAGACAUCCUUCGGACGUUGAUUAAACUCAGCGUUAGAGAUGAAAGACUGACCAUGAUAUACAGCCAGAGUAUCUGGUCAGUUUUGAUUCUGGAAGCUAACCUUGUGCCUCUCAUUGUUGAUGAGAUUGUGAAUCACUCUAUCGAUAGGGACUCUGAAGGAGUUGAUUGGAAAAAUUCUGUCUCCCUUUUGACCAGAGUCUCUACCGUCGAGAUGUGCAGUGAGGUAGUGAACAGAAUUUUGAAGCUUUCGAGGUCAUUCUUACCCUCUCUAAAAAUGGAAGCCUCAACAAACAGCUGGUCUGAACUUAUUAUACUUGUCAACGUCACGGUAGCACUCUUCUUUGACUCGCUGCUACUCUCUCAACUGUUCCUACCCGAGGUGUUGUACAUCGUAUCACUUUUGAUCGAUGUCGGUCCUUCGGAGAUGAGACUGGCUUUACACAAGCUAUUGAUGAACGUGUGUCAAUCUCUUUCAACCAAUGAGUCGUUAUCUGCAGAAAAGAGAAGUAACCUGGAUAUGCUUAAAGAAACUUUCUCUCGUCAGAAAAUGAGAUUCAUGUCUGGAUUCAGCCAAGACAAAGGCCGCAUACUACAGAGUUUUAGCGCUUCAUCUUUUCUGAGCAAAUUCACAGCUUUAGAGCAGUUUGUGACAAGCAUUAUGUCGGUGAUGGAAAACGCGUCAGAAACAGAUAGCGUGCAAUGGAAGGCCAAGUACAACAAGUAUACAAUGGAUGCUGUUUUCAACGUGGGUUCAUUCCUUUCUGCUCGAGCAGCAAUGAUAAUCGGAAUUAUUGGUCAGCAUGGAAUGUCUGAGUUUCUCUGCAGAAAUAUGCUGCUUCAAACCAUCAAGACUGUCGCGGAACCGUACAUUAGUGAUGAACUUGUCUUCCUCAUGAUUUCUCACUGUUUUACGUAUAGCAAAGUCGUGCUAGGCCUUCAACCGCAUUCAACUUUGCUCAAGAGACUCUUCUGGCUGGCAACUACAUUCAUUCAAUCGCCCAACACUGUAUUCUACCAUGGCGGUCUCCUUUUCAUGGCAAACGCGGUCAAACGUAUAUCGAGCACCGAUCGAAGUGCGGAUGGAAUUUCACUGAAAACCAUGCUUUUCGCCAGUCGUAGGUUUGCCGAGCCACUACUAAUUGAACUCGAGGCAGUGAGCGAAUUGAAAUGGACCGAGGAAAAUUUCCCACAUAUCUUCCUGAACAUGAUAAGCAAGGGGAUGAUUAUACCCCAUGUCAAGCCCACUUCAGUGGAAUGCCUGAAUCUGAUGCUCACCUUAGCUUACCAAGAUCUGAAGUAUUCAACCGGCGACAGUUAUCUCUGCUAUCUUUUGAUCGUUUACCAAGUUUCCCGCCCCUCGAAAUUGACUGCAAUUCUUGCAGACCUUGAAGUUGAUGAUGAGUUUUACUACUUCGAUGAGCAUAAUUUUGUGCCACAGGGUCUUUUGAAUUGGGUAGAAUCAGACUCGGAGAAUUCUUUGAUAGCCUUAUACCAGGCAUCUAUCUACUUCGCCACUGGCUCUUCAGAUGAAUUAAGCAAGACACGUUACUUGCUGUUAUUGCAGCACCUAGUAGACAAAAACCCCAUGAAAGUCAUAAAGAUUUACUCUUUGAUCCGCACAGAGAUAAAUCGCAUAGCUACCUUCGAUUCUCAGUCAGAUUUUCCCCAGUUGGUAUUUUCGAUUGUCCAACAAAUAAUAAAAGAGAAGGAAUACGCAAAUUGCGACGCACAUUUGGCCGAAACAAAAGCUCUUUUGAAAGCCAGGAACCUCUCUGGUAUUCAUCGGAUUGACAUGCCCUCCAGUUUGGGUGAAUCUAUGGGUACUAUCAGAAUGAACCCUUACGCGACUUACGAAAGAAAAAAGCUAACAGUUAAAAUACUGUCGCGCAUGAUGAAAUCUCUGGAGGAGACUGAGUGA